AUGACGGACGAGGAGCCUUCGCUGAACAUACCGUCGCUUCUCACUCUAGCGGUUGUAUCAUAUUUUGUUCUCCGAUGGUUUUUUAACCGCGAUGAAAGCUCCGCGGGGGGAAGCCGAGGUAGGGGGCGUGGCAAUGUCGUCGAUCCGGCGCAGGUGGAACAGAUCGCGCAGAUGUUCCCUCAACUGAACACUCGUGAUAUAAUGUGGGAUCUGCAGCGUAAUGGCGGCAGUGUCGCCGCAACGACAGAGAGAGUCCUGACUGGACGGGGGCUGGAAACGCCUCCUCCUUCGUUCCAACCUCCGGUCGCAAUUCCCCCCACCAAUAUCCCGCUGGCGCAGACCGCCACGCCCGUACAGAAAGCGGACGCACAGGACUUGAUAUCUCGGUAUAAUUUGAGUGCAAAGGCCGAGAGCCCUGCUACAGAGUCAGAACCCGAAAAGCCUUCCAAGUCCUCUUGGUCCCAAAAUAAGGAAGAGCGCCAGCGGAUACUGCAAAAGCGGCGGGAUGAUAUGAUCUUGGCGGCGCGAAGAAAGAUGAUGCAAAAGAGCCAGGGCAAUGUAUGA